UGGGGAACCGUUGCCGCAUGGCCGAGCCCGUGGGCAUGAGCAAGAUGGGCAGCUACUGCUGCGUCUGCGCGGACGCUGGCGUGAGUCGCCCGCCAGCGCUCGAGGCCGCGCCGCCGACGCUCCUCCGCAUCCUCGACGCGUCGCUCCUCGGCGACGAGGCCUCGACCAUCCCGCGCGAGCUCGCCUUCUCGGGCGUCUUUCCCGUCGGGUUUCGCCCAGUGCACCUCUUCGCCGCCGUCUCAUCGCCCGUCGAGCAGGUCGUGCGCGACGGCUACAAUACGAGCGUGCUCUGCUACGGCCGCGCCGAGGCCAAGCGCGCGCUCACGCUCGGCGCCUGCGACAUUUCGCCCGAGGCCAUCCAAUCGGUCGAGACCGCGCUCGCCGCGUACGGCCAGAUCGGUGGCAUCCUCUUCCAGCUCUUUGCCGAGGUGGACGCUACCGUGUACCGUAUUGGCUUGAGCUGCUGGAGCAUCGCCGCCGAGUCGGUCGUCGACCAUUUGCAGGACCUCGUCGGCGCGGACGCGCCAUUAGACGGUCCGAUCCAGUUUACAACGAUGCAGGUGCGCAGUGUGGCGCAGGCCCUCGCGUUACUACGCAGCUCGUUUGGCCCGCACGCCAAGCAGAACCUCGAAGACGACACGCACGUCUUUAUUCGUCUCGCUGUCUACAACGAGGCCGGCCAAGAGCUUAGCCUCCUCCACUACGUCGACCUUGGGCGCCAGCUGGCGUCCAAGGAGCAGGCUGAGUUUCUCACUCUCUUUGACGACCUGGUGGACUUUGAGACCAGCGUCGACGCGCCACCGCAGCCGGUCCAGCCUCGGAGCUGCACGCUGACGCAGUUUGUGGCGCCGCUCUUGGCGGGCAACUCCAAGACGUUUCUCGUUGGCUUCAUCCCGCGGCACGGACUGCGCGAGAGCCUCGACUGGCUCUGGGUCAUGUCGGGCGUCCGCCUCAUCACGUCCGCCUGUGUCAAGCUCACCGAAAUUGGGCCCGAACUGGUCGAGUUCCAGCCAUUUGUCGCACCGCAUGCCGACCCAACACCACCGAAAGCGAGCUUGAACAAGCGGCUCUUUGGCGACCACAGCAGCGCUGACGGAACCAUGGACUGGCUCGACAAGUUUACGCUCCGGAAGAGCCAGAUCCUCGGGCAGCUCGAGUUAGAGCCGCGGACUGAGCCCGAGCGCAAGCCGUCUGCGAUUACACCGGUGGGCCUCGGUCGUUCAUCGGUGGCCGAGCCGCCGACCGUCAAAAGCCCGUUACGAGACCCGAUGGUGGUGACCCCGAUCCCCGUCACACCGCUCUCGCCCAUUCGAGAGGCGGCGCCAAGUCGGUUUGAGGAGCUGCUGCGCGAUGCGCACUUGCCGUCCGUCGCGCCGCCCGCACCGGAUGUCGAGGGACUCGAUGCGAAGAGCGCGCUGACCGUGCAGCGCACCGAGGCCCUCUUGCUCCGGUCCAACUACGACCAGCUACUCCGAUUCGUCAAGGACCAGUACCACCACAACGAGCAGCUCCAGCUCAACGUUGACGACGCGCAUUUUCAGCUCUCGGAAAUGCAAACCACCUUUGACGUCCAAACACAAGACCUCAAGCUUGCCAACGUCGAACUUCGGAGCAAAGUCCGCAUGCUCGAGCAGUCGUCGGGCUUGCAAUCGCUGUUUGACAAGUACGACGCCGAGAUGACGGCGCUGCUCAAAGAAGUCGAAGAGCUCCGCGCCCGCAACCUCGAGCUCGAGCUCAAGCUCGCGCACAACGCGAGCGUCGACUUGCGCAACCGGUACCGGGAAGUCGUCAAGGAGAACGUGGCGCUGCACGAAGAAGUGCUCAAUUUGCGCAAGAAGGAGCGGCAUUUUCUGUCGUCCAAACGCCUCAUUGACGACUCGUCCAAGAAGAUCGACAAGCUCUCCAAGUGCGAUAUUUCGAUUUCAAUAUUGUCAUCCUUCUGUAGACUGGUGCACACAAAGGAAGACAUGUUGCUCGAAGCUCGCUUGGGCGAAGCGCGCCUCAGCGCCCAAGUCGAUAAGCAGCAGCUCAAGAGCUCAGAACUCCAGCAGCAGCAGUCGAUGCUGCUCCAGGAGAACGAAAAGACUGCCGAGGAGCUCGUGGCGGUCAAAAUGUACCUUGCGAGCAUCAAAAAUGAGCAGCGCAAAGCCGACAUGCUCGACUCGUUUGUUCAGAAACACGGCGCCAGCCUCCUCUCGACCGAGUCGACCCGACACGUCUCGGACGGAAGCCCCAUCGUUCUCGACGAGACCUUGCGCAAGCUGCUGGCGACGAUCAAGCGCGCAUUGCCGCAGCUUGUCCCUUCGCUCAACAAACUCAUUCAGCGCCUCCAUGAACAAGAGGUGGCCCUCCUAGAAUACUCGAGCCGCGAGAUGGACUUGAUCAACCUGCUCGUGGAACUCGCGUCCGACCAGCAAGCGCCCACGUCACCAACCCCUCGGUCUUUGUCCAUCAAGAAGAAAAAAGCGCCUUCCUUUAUGUACAAGUAGUCUUCGUAGCCAGUGGUUUAAACACUGUUUCAAUAUCCAGUGGGUCCCUGUUUCAAUGUUUCAA